AUGUCAUCGGCGUCGAACUCCGGAUAUCCGAUUUUCGCGAUAAUAGAAAUCAUUCCCCUGAUGCAGCACGCAUCAAUAAAAGUUUUACUAAUAAUAUUCGAGCUAAUCCACCUAACACAUUGUGGAACAGAGCAACUCAUAAAACGCAUGGGUUUACCACUUGAGAAGCAUCAAGUGCUGACAACCGAUGGCUACGUCCUGACGAUGUUCCGCAUCCCCGGAAAUGGAUCGACCUCGCCAGUAGUGCUUCUACAGCAUGGCCUUUUGUGCUCAUCCGCCGAUUGGGUCAUUUUGGGUCCCGGUAAAUCUCUCGGCCAUUCGCUGGCUACUCGUGGCUACGACGUUUGGUUGGGAAACGCCCGCGGGAACACCAACUCGCGAAAACAUGUGUCGCUGUCACCAGAUAAGCCGCAGUUUUGGGACUUUAGUUGGCACGAAAUCGGUAUGUACGAUUUGACGGCGAUGAUCGACUACAUGCUGAGGAAAACGGGCAGCAAAUCGAUCCAUUACGUAGGCCACUCGCAAGGAACUACAGCGUUUUUUGUUAUGGCGUCGUUGAAACCGAGCUACAAUGCGAAAAUUCGCACAAUGCAUGCCCUGGCUCCUGUUGCGUUCAUGAGUAAACUGAAGUCGCCAUUCAUACGAGCAGUCGUUCCAGUUUCCAACCAGCUGGAGUGGACGUUGCGUAUGUUGGGGGUCAACGAGUUUUUGCCUAGCAACAAGAUGUUAGUUUCAGGAGGUAAGAAGGCUUGCGAAGAUUCAUCCAUGUUCCAAGAAAUCUGUGCGAAUGUACUGUUUCUAAUUGGUGGAUACAAUUCGCCCCAGUUGAACCGUACAAUGCUGCCGCUUCUUUUACAGCAUGUACCAGCGGGUUCUUCUGUCAAACAAUUGAUGCACUACGCUCAAGGGAUUAACAGCGGUCGAUUCCAACAGUACGAUCGGGGCACAGUGGAAAACGUGGCCAAUUAUGGCACAACAAUUCCACCGGACUAUCCACUGAAAAAGAUAACAGCUCCGGUGUUUCUGCACUACGGUGACAACGAUUGGCUAGCAGCAGUUCCGGAUGUCCGUUUGCUGCAUCGGUAUCUGGGUAAUUCGUCUCGACUUCUUCGGAUUCCGGACAAACAGUGGAACCAUCUGGACUUCGUCUACGGUACGGGGGCGAAAGGUUUGCUGUACAAUCGGGUCAUAGGUCUGAUGGAGCAGUAUGAUGAGAACAAAUCCGAGAAAUAUACCUCUUUGGUCUAGUGGCGACGUAUUGAUUCAAAUGCUGAACAAAUCUGUAUUAAUGCUACGAAAAUAAUGAAUAUCUAUUAGGC